AAAGAAAAUUGAAGUCGGAAAAUUGGAAGUUUGGGCAGAAACCCACAUCAUUGCUACUCCGAUUUGAUCCCAACCCAUCAAUACUACCAAAAACAAAACUCAGUUUUCCGUUUUCCCCCUUUCCCUCAGACAAAAAGUUUCCAAAUUCAACAUUCUAACAUUCAUAGCACAAACUUUUCUUGUUUCUUACUCUCAAAGGUAAUGCUGUCACUGAACCACAAUUGAUUUUCAUUACCCAAAGAAAUGCGGAGGGUAUUUGGGAAGAUUGCUGGGUUGUUCAGCAAUCGAACUGCGGCUGGAGUAGAUAAAACUGGGAACAAAUACUUCACCAAACACGAAGAAAUUGAUGGUAUCAUGAAAGAGAAGAGAUGGGUGGUGUUUAAGGGAGAGCAAGAUCCUACCUCCAUUCCAGUUGAAUGGAUAUGUUGGCUGAACGGGCAGCGUAAAAGGGCUCCAACUACAGAGGAACAGAUAGAAUUGGAUGCAAGACGUGAACAAGUUAGACAGAAUGUUGCACUUCUCAAGAAAGAAGAAGAAGAAAGGAAUGCCAAAGAAGGAAGUAGAGUCAGACGUGUCGUCGGCACUGAAAACGUUGGUGGUCCGGACUUGAAAAGUUUUAUACGGCAGUUACAGGCUCCUUCCGAAGGUAACGAGGUUGAAGAAUCACCUGGCACAAAGAAUGACUCGAGGAGUUCUCAAGAUAGCACAACUAAGAAUGCAAAAGAUGAGCUUGAAUCUUCAGAGCCAACUGGAUCGGGUGCAAGUUAUAGACCUGGAACAUGGCAACCUCCAUUUUGAAAUUUCAUCAAUCAUCACAAUUAAGGGAGGAGCUUGCUGACAAAACAUUUGUUAAUCUUGCUUCAUGCUCUGUUUCGAAACGUCAUGCAUGAUGUUUUAUUUAUUCCUCAAGAAUUUUGAUAUAGUUUACGUGUGUUCGAAAACGACCACAGCGCGAUAUGCAUUUGCAGUGUAUGUUGUCCUGCUGAGUAAUGUAGUCCUUUCUAAAUAAUCUCAUACUUAGUUUUGAUGCAUUGUGAUGUUUCAAAUCUAAAGACAUGAUGUGAAAUUCUGAUUGUAAAUGUACUUUAGGGUGACCUUGUAAGCAAGGACCAUUGCCUGAGUUUGAACUGUAAAUGAAGAAUUUGAAUCAAAAUUACUGUCCUACCUUUUUGUAUUUGUCUAUGAAAAUAUAGAUUUGGUAUUGAAA